CUCCAAGAGGGCGUAAAAAGGAGCGCAGGCGGACCCGCACAGAAGUUCACGAUGUCCCGUUGGUUGCUGCUGUGCGUGCUGCUAGUCCUGAUUGAGUUCGGCCGGCCGGCCGUGCUGCAAAACGCGCUGGAGAAAGUCCUGGAGGAUUUCCACGGGCAGAACCUGGUCCAGGCGGCCUUCCGAGGGCAGGCGGCCAGAGAAGCGAUGGAGGAGUUACAGAUGGGCACCUACGUCCAGUUGGAAGUGGAUCUCGUCCAGACGGUUUGCAGAAAACAUCUGUGGAGGAGGCAGAACUGCCAGAUCAAACCAGGCGGCGUGGGUCAGCACUCCCCUCCCUCUCCCUCAUCCGCUGCCAAACACCCACAUCUCUGCUUCUCCCCAGGGAGAGGAGACCCCGAAGAAGCGAGGAAGCGGCAAGAAGAGGCAUGCCAGAUCGUCAAGUCGGCCAACGAGGAACAAUACCUGCCUGGAAAGUUUGCCUUUUCCGUCGGACUUCCUUCCUGA